GACAGGUAAACGAGAGAGGUGUCACAUUGCACAGAGGGACGCGUCUAAGAAAAACAGACGAGGAGUAGAGAAUAGAGGCCACGUCUCAUUUGCUCAACUCUACAAACCUCUAUUUAAUCGUCGUUUCUUCUGCACAAGUCCUCACCGUGUGCUCCUUCCUUCUGUUGCUUUCAUAUCUACUUUUCAAGAGCAAGAAAUAUUGUACCAGGAAAUGGGGGGGUUGGUAGCCUGUAACAUGUCGAUGAUGCUGUUGCUUCUGCUUUGCUCCAUCAGCAGUACAAGCGUCGGUGACACAGAGGCAAAACAGAAGUCGGACGAAAUGAAACACGAGACAGAGGAGGCCUUUCAGACUGGCAAAGAACAUGCGAAAGAUGAAUCGUCGUCAUGGACCAACUGGGCCAAGGACAAAAUAUCGGGAGGACUGGGACUGAAACAGCAGGAGGAUGCUACGGAGCAAGCAGGGGAUGCGAUGAAGAAGACAAAAGGAGGCGGGCAAGAUGACCAAACACGAGGCAGCAUGCUUGGUGCAGGUGCUGGGAAGUGUGCAAGAGAGAAGGCAGCAGAAGAAGCAAAAGGGAAGACGGAGGAGGGGUCGAGCAAGGGCAAGGAGAAGGUGGAAGAUCCAAAAGGGAAGACGGAGGAGGAGGAGGAGGAGGGCGAGGGUAGGGAGAAAGUGAAAGAGGAGAAGGAGAAGAUGAAGAUGGAGGAGGAAAUGAGAAAGGCUGCCAAGGCAUAUGAGGAGGCAAUGAAGAAGGCAAGGGAGUCAUACGAGAGAGCCGAGGAGCAUGUCGCAGAGAAAGGGGAGGAAAUGAGGAAGGGUAGCGAAGCAUAUGAGGAGGCAAAGAAGGCGGCGAAAGAGACACACGACAGAGCCAAGGAGUACAUCACCGCCAACUACGAAGCAGCAAAAGAGAAGACGGUAGAGUUUGUGGACAAGGUCAAGCAAGGAGCGGCUGGUGGUGGCCAGUACCAUAAUAGGGAAGAGGAGCUCUGAAUCAUUCACCUUAUCAUCUUCCCCCAAAACAAAACUCUCCCCUCUCUGUCUCCUCCUACUUUACCAUGCUUUGGGUCAGAAUUUGAAUCAUUCGGACCCAAGAACCAGACCCCCUCCCUCCCCCCAACUUUACCCUCUUCCCUUGCGUCUUAGAAGAUCUCCUUGAGAGAUGUCACAGUUAAAAGUGGUGGACGUGUUCUUGAGUUUAUUUGGAGUCUGGUGAUUAUAAUACGACUGCUCAUUUCCUAGGUUGUAUAUCUACCUUUUGUGUUAAUGUA